AUGGAUAGAUACAAUGUAACUGGGAGAAUGGCGAACAAAGGAACCGAAGAUUCUAUCAGAGUUCCACGUGGAGAAGACAAUGAAGGAAAAAACGAGAAACGUUUGUCAGAAGAGAAGCUCUUGGAAGAAGACAGGAGAGUGGAGGGUGGGGGAAGGAAGUGUGAAGGAAGGAGUAUACAAAAAAUAUCACAAAAGCUUAGGGGUGAAAAAAUAGAAAAUAAUGGUGUCUGA